AUGGAUUUGUCAAAAAAUCAAAAGCAGAUACUAAGAGUGCCGAAACUUGAAGGUUUUGGUGAGACGGAUAUUAAACCGAAUGUUGGAAUUCAAAUGGGUUCUACAACUACUAUUGUCAACAACUUUGUUCCUAAGUUGGAUUUCUUGGAUUUGAACAAAAAAACUCGUUCGAUAGGUAUUGAGUUAGGUGAUUCUUCUUCCAAAGUUGCAGUGGAUUGUGAUAGUUCCAAAAUUGCUGCUACUACUCAUACCAUUGGCCAACGAAGUUCAAUCUACAGAGGAGUCACAAAGCACAGAUGGACAGGUAGAUAUGAAGCACAUCUAUGGGACAACAGCUGUAAACGAGAGGGUCAGGUCAGGAAAGGGCGUCAAGUGUAUUUGGGUGGGUAUGAUAAGGAAGAAAAUGCAGCAAGGGCUUAUGAUUUGGCAGCACUCAAGUUCUGGGGAUCAGGAGCUACUACAAAUUUUCCUGUUUCCCAUUAUGCAAAGGAAUUAGAGGAGAUGAAAGAUGUAGGAAACCAAGAAUUUGUUGCUUCACUGCGAAGGAAAAGCAGUGGUUUUGCUAGGGGUGCUUCCAUGUACCGGGGUGUUACAAGGCACCAUCAACAGAGUAAAUGGCAAGCACGAAUUGGUCGAGUUGCUGGAAACAAAGAUCUCUACUUGGGAACAUUUGCUACUGAAGUGGAAGCUGCAGAAGCAUACGACAUUGCUGCCAUAAAGUUUAGAGGUGCAGAAGCUGUAACCAAUUUUGAGGCGAGUAGAUACAAUAUGAGAGCUAUAUCACAGAUUUCUCUUCCAGUUAGCGGAGCAGCAAAACGCUUGAAACCUUCUCAACAAUCAGAGAUCAAUUUUCUGCCAAUUGCUUCUGUACCAUAUGGUUCUGCAACACAGUAUUUCCCCAACAAUCACUUCCAUCAUUUUAAUCCAACUACCAAUGAAGAAAGUAGCACAGCAGAGUCUACUCCAACUACAACCAAUGCAGCAGCUGAGUUAUUCCUUUGGCCCCGUUAGUCCCGUUGAAUUUCGCUAUUUGUCUGUUCUGCUAACAGAUUAUUUUUAUUUAAAUUUCUGUCAAGUAACAUCUGAAAUAUGAUGAGGACUAUUGA